GCGGCAGUGGCGGUGGGUCCAAUGCAUUUGCGCCGGCGCGCGGGAGACUUCAACUGCUUUGAGAGCGCCCCACGACAUUUGGUGUCUUCCAAGGCUAGAUGUAGAAGGGGUUAGUUGGUCAUGAGUCAUGCCAGGAAGGCCAGGUGAACAUUGAUGAGCCUCAGUCUGGCCCAAACAAACCAAGCACUGCUUUUUUUGGGCGUGUGCUAACAUGCCCAUUGCCCUUUCGAGCAUUCACGCGACGCGACCGCCGCUGGCAGAAUGCGAUGGCAUGGUGAUCUUUUCUCCAGAUGACGAGCUGUUCGGUAGUGAUCCCACACCCACAUGCUCGCCGGUGGCCCACCGUCCACCAGAGCCCUUUAUCCUUUCCAAUGGGAUCAGGCGUCCCAGGAGAACUGCUCAGAACAUGGUGGCUCACAUGAAAAUGAUCGACUUCUUGGAUGAGUGGGGCUUCAAGAGCGAUGAUGUGAAUCAGAGUGGCACCAGCGACCGCUUCCCGAAUGAAAAGGUCUCCCCCAUCCACGUCGCAGCUCAGCAGGGCGAUGUGGACGUGCUGCGGCUCCUGUUAGCCGCCGGCGCCGAUCCCCGAACCAGGACCUCCCAGGGUCGCAGUGCCCAGACGGUCGCAGAGGUCGCCGAUCAGGUCGGCUCGCAUCGCAGGAUCCUGGCCAUGCUGAGGGCUUCUUGCAAGACCUGGGAGGGCAAUUAACGGUGUGACCGGCGAAGGCACCUUCUUCUGCCGUAUGCCGUACGCAGUCGUUUUGUCCGGUGGGUCCUUUGCAUCGAUGCUAGAUCGGUGAAAAGACCUGCCCAGUCGCUCCGCGGGUGGACUUCCCCACCGACACGUGUGGCACCAGGCCCCACGGUUGGCUUUUCACCACCCGACACCUUCUGGCUGAAAGAA